AUGCCUCGCGACGGAUCUGGAGCUGGUGACAACGCCAUUGAGGCCGGUCACAACAUCACCCACGGCGAUGCUGGCGGUGCCGCAUCCACUGGUGUCGACCGCAGCAACAAGGCUGCCCCCAUGCCCGACAUUGAGAAGGGCGACAGCCUAGAGGGCAUGAACGCCUCCGGCGGUGGCCUCUCCGGCGCUACCCUUACCUCCACUGGCCAGGGCGGCAACAAGGAGCCCUUCGUCGAGAAGGAGGCCGAGAAGCACUCAUAA